AUGGCCUCCAACAAUAGAAUUUGUGAAGUUUGGAACUAUAAUAUUUGUGAAGAGAUGGACAUGAUUUAUAAAAUCCUUCCUUUCACACCGUUUGUGUCAUUUGAUACGGAAUUCCCCGGCACUAUCUACAAGCCCUACGUUCCAAACUAUUGUCUUUCAAGUCUACCUCCUGAGACUAACUAUUUUUAUAUGAAGGCCAAUGUAGACGCCCUCAAGUUAAUCCAAUUUGGUCUAACAUUGUCAACUUCUCCCGACCCUCUUUCCGGAUUUGUACAUUCGUUUGUGUGGCAGUUUAACAUAAAGGAUUUUGACGUUGAUUCAGAUGUUCACAACUCAGACUCUAUAGCACUUUUAAAGAAUCAGGGUAUUGACUUUGCAAGAAACAAAGUAGAUGGUAUUGAUUCGGGAUUGUUAGUCUCUAUGUUGACGGAUUGUGGAGUGUUGGGUUCUAAGAUUCCACGCGCUUGGAUCACUUUUCAUGGUGCCUAUGACUUUGGAUUCAUCGUCAAGAUUCUAACCGGAAGUCUCCUUCCAUCAGAUCCGGUCAUGUUCAUGGUUCUAGUCAGGCAAAUAUUCGGGGAAUCAGUUUUCGACCUCAAACACGUUAUGAAAUCUUUCAAUGGACUCUACGGUGGGUUAGACAGAUUGGCGAAUACUCUUCAAGUGGAAAGAAGACCGGGCACUCAGAGUCAUCAGGCUGGUUCAGAUAGUCUUCUUACGAUGGAAGUAUUUUGUAAACUCCGACAAGAUUAUUUGAAUAAACUUCCCCCUUGCAAAAUCAAUGGAUUCAAAAACAUUAUUCAUGGACUUGAAUUAUCUUCAAUUCAUUCAUAUCAGCUUCAGCCUCAACCUCAACCUCAACCAGCUCAUUAUAUUCUUAUACCUCUUUAA